UGUCUCCUCCUCUCCCGCCGUUGACGCUCUGAGUGUCUCCGUGGAGUCAGAGAGUAGCACUGAGAGGAGCAGAAGGGAGGACGGUCGGGCGGUCUCUGAGAGGGUCACAGGGAUGUACAGUAAACACAGGCAGAAAAAUGCCCAAAUAUCACCGGCAAAAUGUGGACGUUUGCUCGUUUUUCUUUCUUUUCUGUUGCUGAGCGGCACACUGGACAGAGCCAGCGGAAACACCGGAGAACAAGGGCUGCUGGGGGGAAGGACAGUGACGGCGCAGUGGCUGUCUCAAAGCCGAAGCAAGAGGGAGGCCGCAACCUCGACACAGGAGGAGUACCCAGUCAGCGGGGAAAUAGCGCUCUCAUCCAACGACCUCCAACUGGUGCUACAAGUGGAACGUAAUCACGAGCUUCUAAGUCCAGACUUCACAGAGACCUACUACACAGAAGAUGGGCAGCCGGUGACUGUGACCAACAACAAUUACACUGAUCACUGCUUCUACCAUGGCCAUGUGAGAGGACAUCCAGAGUCCUGGGUGGCUCUCAGCACAUGCUCAGGAGUCAGGGGCCUGAUAUCCUUGAAUUCUAGUGACACCUACUACCUGGAGCCAAUCAGUGGUGUGGAUUCUCCCCACCACUCACUGUGGAGUGCAGAGGAUCUGCCAAUUAAAGGUGGAAACUGUGGACACGGCCAUCAAACCACACAGUCCAACCACAUCUCCAACCUGCUCAGACAGUUUCAUUCGAGGGUUAAAAGGAACGCCUGGGGUACAACCAAGUACAUGGAGCUGUACAUAGUGGCUGACAACACACUGUUUAAACGGCAGAAUAAGGACUACGAAAAGACCAAGACGAGGAUAAUGGAAAUUGCCAAUUACGUGGAUAAGUUCUACAGGGCUCUGAACAUCCGUGUGCCUCUGAUUGGUCUGGAGGUUUGGACUGACCGGGAUCAGUGUAUCGUCACCGAGGAGCCAAACGCCACCCUCUGGUCCUUCCUCCAGUGGAGACAGAAGCUGAAAUCCCGCAAGAAACAUGACAACGCCCAGCUGCUGACCGGUGUGAUUUUCAAGGGGACGACUAUCGGGAUGGCGCCGCUGGAGGGGAUGUGCAGCCUGGAAAACUCUGGAGGCAUCAACGUGGACCAUUCAGAGGUGUCCAUCGGCGCCGCGGCCACCAUGGCCCACGAGAUCGGCCACAACUUCGGCAUGAGCCACGACCAUGACGGCUGCUGCGUGGAGGCCACCGCUGAGCAGGGAGGCUGCGUGAUGGCUGCCGCCACCGGGCAUCCGUUCCCACGCGUCUUCAGUCGCUGCAGCAAACGUGACCUGGACAGCUACUUCCAGAAGGGAGGUGGCAUGUGUCUCUUCAACAUGCCCAACAUGAAGGACCUGGUGGGGGGCAAGAAGUGCGGCAACGGCUUUGUGGAGGACGGAGAAGAGUGCGACUGUGGAGAACCUGAUGAAUGCACCAAUGACUGCUGCAAUGCCAAUAACUGCACCUUGAAGGAGGAGGCCCAGUGUGCCCAUGGAGUGUGUUGCGAGGGCUGCAAACUGAAGCAGGCAGGUACCAUGUGUCGAGGGCCAGCGGGGGCAUGUGACCUGCCAGAGUACUGCACCGGGGCCUCUCCCUACUGUCCUUCCAACGUCUACCUGCUGGACGGCUCCGCCUGUCAGUACGGAGUGGCCUACUGCUACAACGGCAUGUGCCUCACCCACGAACAGCAGUGCCUGCAGCUCUGGGGCUACGGAGCUCGACCGGCCCAUGAUGCCUGCUUUGAAGACGUCAAUGCAGCAGGGAACGCUUUUGGGAACUGUGGGAAAGAUGAACACGGCAACUACAUGAAGUGUCUGAAAAGUGAUGCAAAGUGUGGGAAGAUCCAGUGCCACAGUGCUGCCAAGAAGCCCAAAGGCACCAACGCCGUGUCCAUCGACACCACCAUCAAGACGGACGGCAUAGAGGUGAAGUGCCGCGGGACCUACGUCUACAGCACCCAGGACGGCCAGGGCGACCUGCCCGACCCCGGCCUCGUCAUGACCGGCACCAAGUGUGGAGAGGGCAAGGUGUGCAGAGACCGCCGAUGCCAAAAUGCCUCUUUUACCGAGCUGGAGACUUGCAUCGUACGCUGUCACAGCAAAGGGGUGUGUAACAGUAAUGGGAACUGCCACUGUAACCGCGGCUGGGCACCACCCUUCUGUGAGAAGCCAGGACUCGGAGGCAGCGUGGACAGUGGACCCAUCCAGUAUGACAGUCAGGUGGGGCUGGUCGUUGGGCUGCUGUUUGCCUUCCUGUUUAUCCUACCUGCAGUGCUGCUGAUCUUCUACUGCUACAGGAUCAAGACUUCCUAUUACCAUAAGUGGCUUUCCCAGAGAGAGAAGAACAAGAGCAACAAGUUGGAGGCAUCGCUGGAGAAAGGGAAGAAUGGCCAUCUGAAUCCUGCCUUUCACCUGAAGGUGGUCGGACCAAUCAACAAAGCUAGCAGCCACAAGGGGCUUCCUCACACCAGCAAAGAGGUCCUGCCUCUAAGACCAGGCCCUGCACCCAAUGGCACCCAGCCAGUCAACAUUGUGCGACCUCUGAGACCCACCCAGUCUCCCCAGGGUGGUUCCCGGGACCUCAAGGUGGUUCGCCCGCCUCUGCCAGCUGGCAAGCCACCAGGAGCACCACCCAAAUCCCCCGCAACCCCACAGAGACUCACCCCGCCCAAGAAACCUCUGCCCCUCAACCCGACACGAUCUCCACUGUUGGUGUCUGAGCUGCAGCCCAGACCGUCCCCCUUCCCUCCUCAGAGGCCUCUCCCCCUCAGCCCAGCCAGAGGAGCCUCCCCGACAGUGAGUCCAGCCCGGGUCCUGGUCUCCAAACCCUCCCCGGGCCUGCUGGUCAUGAUGCCCCCGGCAGUGGGACCCAAACCUGUGGGCAAAGUCUCAGCCAUCCCCCCUCUCAGAGUUCUCAGACCGGUCCCAGGUGCCAAACCAAACACAGCCUCGCCUCCGCCACGAAAAUGACCUUCUCCUCCUCCCCUCCGCCCUCGGAGGAGGCAGCAGCUGACAGCCUAUUUGCACUAAAGAGACUUUGGCCGGUAAACCACAGAGCUGUCGCACAUACCAGAGGAGGGCGAACACAAAGUUAAAACCUGAGACACGAAAGAACAAGCAGAACUCUUACAAGUUCAGACUUCAAAAUGAAACCUUAACCCCGCCCUCUUUUUUUCUCAAUUUUGACCCCCUCUCCACCCUCCUCCUCCUCCGCCCCAGCGCGCUAACAUUAACCCCGACGACGACGCGGUUUUGCACGGAGGCCUUGCAGACUGAGACAAGUGUUAUCGCUGGGGGACGGUCACAUUUGCCAAAUUUUUUUAGGAUUAUUGUUUGUUUUUUAAUCUGUUAAUGCUGUCUGUGUAUAAGAAAAUGCAUUUUUGUAAUGACCGUUGUUUUGUUUACAGUUUGUUUUACGUCACGUUUUAUGAUUUAUGUUAUGUGCCAAAGAGGUCUCUUCAUACCUGGGGUGUGUCCCCGAACGCUUGAAAAUCGUCUUACGUCACGUUAAAGUUUACCGCAAGUCAACUCCUCCAUAUUUUUAGGUUUUUAUAAUUUAUUGUAUUGUAUGAGGAAUGUCUAAAAUACCAAUCUGGAGAUACAGUGGCCUAUCAGGAGGAAGGAGAGCCAAUCACACAGCAGCUUCUCUUCUACACACUGUUUACAUGGUGGAGGAUCUGACGGAUGCUUGGGACUUGCAGGACACACCCCGGUCGCUCAUGUUGAUUUGAAUGUCUUUUGCUGUGUGUUAUGACUUUUGAAUUGUUACAUAAAAUAUUUUUACAAAACUAUCA